UGUGAGCCACCGGUCCGCCUCAUCGCUUCCCCGAUACCCAUCAGGAGGCAGUAUAUCCUCCAGUGCAGUGUGUGUGGCGUACUGGAGCUGUGCUUCCCGUCCGCUAAGCACCUUUGUUUCUCUCACAGUCAGAGCUUUACUUUAGCAGGGCGCGGGGUUCAAGUUGCUGAGACGGAGGAGAACCGCUUUGAAGAAGUGGAUCUGUACGGGUUUAAUACACCCUCCCUCUCUAGAACUACUACAAAGGGAGUGAACGGAGAGAGUUGCGCUGCGUAAACCGACACACUGACCAUCGCGCCGCUCGCUUGCUCGCUUGCUCGCUCGCUCUCCUAGCCGUCAAGAAAGCAAGCAUGCGGGAAAACAAAAGGAGCUGAGUCUUUCUGUGGAAAAUGUGGGAUUUGUUGGGCUCGUUUUGAAAUGGUGGUUCUCUGAGACCAGGCGCUGUGUGCGUUUUCAUGCGUUUUUGGACGCGCUGACAGUCCGUGAGCGUUACGCACCGACUCGCCAGAGGAGCCGUUGUGCGCAUCUGGAGCCUCCACACCUCGCCGUCCAAUCAGAACCCUCGCUCCUCGUCCAAUCCGAAUCGGCAUUCCGUGGAGCAGAAUAAAAGAAGUGGGUGCGGAGAAAUGGGGUGUGCAAAAGUUCUUCUCGUGAUGUUCGUGAUCGGGUUUGAAAAGGGGAUUUGCGUCAACUGGAACCCCGUCCCACGCAAGACCGUUAAAUAUAAUGAUGUGCAUGACAGUAUGGCGAGGUUUCACGCUGUUGGGGUGUGGAACUACACCAUGUUGACCCUGGCAGAACAUGAGAGGGUUUUGUACGUGGGCGCCAGAGAGCACAUCUUCGCCCUGGAUCCCAACGACAUCAGCAGACAGCUCCGACCACAGAUUGAGUGGUCGGCUCCUGUGGAAAAGAAAAGAGAGUGCGCAGCGAAGGGGAAGAAUAACCAGACUGAGUGUUUCAACUACAUUCGUUUCCUGCAGAGCUACAACCACACACACCUGUACACAUGUGGGACGUACGCCUUCCAGCCCAAAUGCACUUAUAUUAAUGCAGAUCAUUUCACUCUGGAUAGCGCCGCCCUGGAGGACGGCAAGGGAAAGUGCCCCUAUGACCCCGCCAAGGGUCAUACAGGCCUUAUUGUGGACAAAGAGUUGUACUCCGCCACCCUCAAUAACUUCCUGGGCACAGAGCCCGUAAUCCUGAGGAACCUGGGACAACAACAUUACAGCAUGAAGAGUGAAUACCUACCGGCUUGGCUCAAUGAGCCAAACUUUGUGGGUUCGGCGCUGGUCCGGGAGAGCCGCAACAGUAAAGAUGGAGACGACGAUAAGAUCUACUUCUUCUUCAGCGAGAGAGCGUUGGAGCUGGACUGCGACAGCGAUCUGACCGUUGCACGGGUGGCACGUGUGUGUAAGGGAGACCUGGGUGGCACACGGACCCUGCAGAAGAAGUGGACCACCUUCCAGAAGGCUCGGCUGAUGUGCUCUUUCCCCGAGCGCCACAUCACCUUUAAUAACCUGCGGGCCGUCUUCACCCUUCCUGGGGCGGACUGGAAGAGCACUAGUUUCUAUGGCAUCUUCCAUGCACAGUGGGGGGAUGUGGAUGUGUCUGCUGUGUGUCAGUACCAGAUUGGAGAGGUGAAAAAUGUGUUCGACGGACCGUAUAAAGAAUACAGGGAGUCGUCUCAGCGAUGGGUCCGAUACACUAGCACCGUGCCCAGUCCACGACCUGGAGCGUGCAUCACAAACUUUGACAGGGAAAACGGCUACAACAGUUCUCUUCAGCUACCUGACGCUACGCUAAACUUUGCCAAGAAGCAUCCACUAAUGGAGCUCAGGGCAGAAGCUCGCCCCCUGCUGCUUACUAAAGGCAUCAACUUCACCCGACUAGCAGUGGACCGAGUGAACUCACUGGACCAGAGAUCCUACAACAUGCUCUUCAUAGGCACAGCGGAUGGAUGGCUCCAGCGUGUCGUGAUUUUGGGUUCAGAGGCCCAUGUGAUAGAAGAGAUCCAGCUGUUUGAUCGGCAGCAACCGGUGGACAGCCUCACCAUCUCGCACAGCAAAAAGUAUUUGUACAUUGGCUCACGCUCUGAGGUUCUUCAGCUGCCCUUGGCAAACUGCAGCCGGUACCAUUCACAGCCAGACUGCCUGCUGUCCAGAGACCCGUACUGUGCCUGGGACAGCGAGGGACGUGCUUGUGUCCGCAUCGACCUCCACCGCGGCUCCACAUCCACACUUUCGCAGGACCUCAUGCUGGAGAGGUUCAACCGAGGAAAAGCCAAGUUUGAUAAGCCUUUCUCCAUCCCCAGCCCUGAUCAUUCUAGGUUGAGAAAUGUGACUGUGGUCGUUGGGUCGGAUCUGGUAUUGCCCUGCAAUCUGGUUUCCAACUUGGCCCAGCCCUUCUGGGAGCUCAACGAACGUGAGCUCGCCCUGGUGGAAGGUGAGGCCAUUGGGCCGCGAUUCGACCGAGCACUCCGCGCUCUCGUUAUCCCUCAAGCUGGUUCCCUUCAAGCGGGCCGCUACAUCUGCUACUCAGAAGAGCAAGGGGUGAAGUUCCAGACGGAGAGAUACCAGGUCGCAGUGGUAGCCAGCGCGCCAGUCUUCAUGGAGGCCCGCGCUCCUGACGGCAGCAUGGGUUUAUUCUGGGUGCUGGUGAUCACGUUGGGUGCCGCUUGUCUAUUGCUGCUAAUCGCGUCUUUGUAUCUUCGUAGAAGACUGAAGUUGGCACUGGGCAAAGGGGCAGAAAUGAAGCCGUUGGAGAGCACUUUAGUGUACCCCAUUACUUUACCCAAAGAGCCUCCCAGCCGGCCAUCGUUCGUGCCGAGCAAGAUGGCAAAUGAUGAGGAUCGCUUCUGGGAAACCGGAGCUAAUUAUUACUACUCAGACGGCUCCCUGAAAAUCGUGCCAGGGCAUGCAAUGUGCUCCACCGGUAGCUCGGCAUCUCCGAGUGCUAUUCCCGGUCAGCCCAUUCACUCGCCGAGCAGGUUGAGCCUCACUAACAUUCGAAACUCAGGCACCAACGGAUACAUCCGCCUGAAUCUGAGCACGGCCGGAGAGGAGAGAGCGAGCACUGGAUCUGGAAUGGGCAUGGGAAGCGGACUCGGGCUGGGCGGCCGAGAGAACGACUACGCCAGUCCUUUCAAAGAGGAGCUCCGGAGAACUCUGCAGCAGAGGAGCGUGCUUCCCGACGCCAAUCCAGAGGAGUCUUCUGUGUAGACCUCGCAGGAACCACAGAAAACCUCACCUACCUCCCUCCUGCUUGGGGAACUCUCUUCAUCUUACGCGCGACCUAUUUCUUCUCUGUCAACACUUCUCUGCUGUGGCGAACAUCUCCCGUGCCAUAAGGCCACCGACAUUCCCUUGGAUUAUUCUGGUUCUCAUAUGUACUAACACUCAACCGAGACUGAACACAUCUCGCAAAGCUUUUGUAAAUGUCUAUAUUUAAUGGACCAGACCGACAGGGCCUUGUGUUGAUCUUGGCUAACAGGCGAACACAGGUACAUCUCUGAGAGGAACCCAACCAGCCAAAUGUAGCCGCCAGUCUGAUCUGUGUUGGGGCAGACGUCUGGCAACCUAAUCAUUUGGCAAGAUGGAGGAUACAGAGCUUAUUUUUGACGUCCAGAGGUUGCUUGCCUCAGUUAAAGCAGGUGUUUGGACAUGUUUUUUUGCACCCUUUUUAUGGGUAGAACACAUGAGAGAGGAGAUGAAAAGGACAUGCAUAAACUUAAAUCGCAAGAUGACAAUCACGCUCUUCUCUCAAGAGGAAAGCAGAGGAGAAAUUGUUAAAGAGAAGAGAGGGGGAAAAACAACUGAGUGAGCUGUAAAAUCGAAGCAGGACUUUAUGAACAAAUGCUUUGCCUUUCUUUCUUUACAGCUCAAUAACUUUUUUUAAACUUUGUCUUUUUUCUGAGAAUGUGUACUGAGACUUGCAGCACUAAUAUAUUGUGAGGUUUUUUCAUGUCUGUUUAUUGCAACUGUUAAAGAAGGAUUUCUUCUUUUUUUUUUUUUACGAUUAAUAGUUUCAUCUGAAAUGUGAAAGGAUUACCAGUGGUAGUAGCAUGAGGAAGGUGUGAACAGAAUGUUGUACUAAGACUUUGUUGGAUGUGACAGCAAGUGCAUUAUUGUAUAUAUUUGGCUUGAACUGCCAAAUUAAGUACAACCCCAGUGUUUGCCUACAUGAUGAUGGAAUGAAACUUUACUUCUGGAAUGGUAUAGAAGACUCCACCCAUGUUCUAAAGCCGGAUUGUUCUACAUGAAAGGGAUCCUUGAUCAAGUCCAGAAUGAGGAAGCUACGGCUGAUCAAACACAGUGUGGGCUUUGCAACUCUUAAACACAGACUAAAUACAAAAACAGGGUGAAAACAGAAAGGACAUUUCAUUCCAUUGACUUUGAUUGUGAAGACAAAUGAAGGAGAUUUCGAUUAUUCAUGACCCUGUGGGUGGAGAGGCACUACGAUGCUCAUCACUGGUCCAUACUUUGUUGCAUGAUGUUCUGCAAAAAUAUAUUAUAUAAGUUUCAACAAUAAAACAAUAGUCUCAUGUUUAAAAAAUAAUAUAAAAAACUUUUCGUACCUGUGCCUCUUCACCUUGGGUGAAGCCAAAGCAGACUGCAGACAUGUUUCUUCUCUGUUUCCUGUUUUUCUUUCAUUUUUUAAAUUCUCUGCUUUAUGUUCUGGAAUUCGUCCAUUGCACAGAACUUUCUGAAAUCUUUGUUACUACUACUCUUGUUUUGGUGGAAUGCUAUUCUUUGUGGCAUGAGAGCUUUACAAUUUUUCAAGCGGCUUUCCAUUCUGUCAUUCGCUCUUUUCUAGUCUACAAUCUAGUGUGCGCCACAUAGCAUAAGAGGGGGAAGUUUAUACUUGUUAGAAAAGAUCUUUGUACUUAAAAGUAUGCUGAGAAAUGUCAACAAGGACCGAAUACUUUCUGCCAGGCCUUCUCAGGGUGGCUCUCUUGAAAUAAUUAAAUUUCACUGUUCUUAAUUUCACUAAUUGCUUUGAUAAGCCUGUCUAAUGACUUAUAGUCAGACUUUACGUCUGACAUGAUUUCACUGAGCGACCAGAAAUGUUGCAUAUGCUUGUUUGCAUCAUGCAUGGCUUUUUUGUACUGACCAGUAUUCCCUGCUUGAUAAAAAAGAAAAAAACGGUCAUCUCAGUUCAUUCGGUUCAUCUCACAUGGCUUUAAAUCUGCUGUUUCUUUGUGAAUUUUUGUGUUACAAAUUUCCUCUUUUCUUGCAUUUCAAGAUAUCUUUAAAAAUGUUGCUGUUGUUUUUUUUUUUUUUAGGUAAUUAUGUUAAGUAACUUAUUUUGCUUGUACAAAAAGUUGAUAUUUAUUACCAUUGUACAUAUGCCCUUAUUUUUUAUAUAUGUAUAUAUCUACAGAAAAUAAAAGUAGAGAUCAGUUCACAGUGAGUAGGUUGUGUAUGCUUAUAUGAGUAACUGUGUUCAAUUGACUUAGAAGAGGACCUAUUGUGGGUUUUUUUUGUUUGUUUUUGCUGUUGCUGUUUGAGCACGAAAAAAGUACUGCAAAGCAUAAAGUCUCUACAAAGGGAGUUAUUCUCUAUAUCAGUAAAUGCUGUUUCUGAACUUGCUGAAACUCCUCGAAUGUAGUCUUGAGUUUACUUCCAAAAGCGGUCACAAUGGGCAUAUGCAGAAUAAAGGGGCGAGGCCUGGUUGAGUUGUGUUAGAAGUGUGAUGAAACUAAAGGUUAUGGUAAGGGGCGACAUUUUCAGAAACAUGGCCAAUCACAACACACUGGUCCAGCCAACCAAUCAGAGCACAUUGCACUUCUCAGAAGGAGGGGCUUCGUAGCAACCGGAACUAAACAGAGCGUUACUGACAGACUGGGAAAAGAGGUGCUGCAACAAUGUAAAAUAUGUGAAAAAUAAUGUGUUUUUUGAACAUUCAAGCAGGAAAACCUAUUCUAGUAGAAUAAUCAAAACUAAAAGGGUAUAAUAGGUCCUAUUUAAAAUGCCAUUGAAAUGUCAGGUGCUUUAAUUGUUGGUAAUGCAAAAUGGCUAUAUAGUGGUUUACAUAUUGCUUGUGCUAAACAUAUUUCCAGACAGUCACAGUGACACUUAACUUAACGCUUGGACAACCACUAGUGCAGUCUCUCCAGCUUAUAUUUUUAUCUCUUUCAUACUGUGCAUCUAAACACUCUCACAUGUACAGGUGACAGAGCAGCCACGUGCCAUAUGGACGGUAGCCACAGCUGUGUGUGACAUCAGCGUUCUGGUCUGAGUUCAUCAUUAGUGUCUACACAGCUGGGCCUCUACUUCUGGAACAAUCUCUAUACCAUUAUAGGACACCAGUCACAGAUGUCUAUAAAAUGAGGAGAGGAAGAGAGAAACCCAGAGAUCACUGCAUAUUAUUUAACACAAUUACUGACAUCACGAUUAUCACAUGAACAUAAAUGAAUUGAGAAUGGUGAAGGAAAAACAACCAGUUAUGUAACCCUGUUCAAUCUGUUUAUACUGUGAAAAAAGAAAUAUUACAUAAAUAUAUACAAUAUUA